AUGACCGCCACUGCCGAAUGGGUUUACGCCGCAGGUUCCUCCUGGGUCGCUUUUGACGCUGAAUCGCAAAGACAAAUUGAAGGUUUAUGGACCAAGUAUGGUGCAAGCUGGAUCAAGAGCCGAUCUUUUGGUGGCAAGGCCAUCUUUGUGAAUACCGCCCAACUUACGGUCACUUACAACAAUUACACUACCUUUGAUAAGUAUGAAAAGGAGAAAUCGGAAAAUAAGAACGGCACGGGAUGA